UGACUUAAACAUUGACACUCGUCACAAGCAAAUACCCCUAAACGUUAGCUUUUUGUAUGACAGAGAUUUCAAUCUAUUCGGUUCAUGGAAUUACCCCCAUUUGACUGCACAACUUAUUUUCGUUUCACAAGUCAUGUUCGGGGUAAAAUGUUGAUCGUCGAGGUCCGGAGUUUCUAAUAUAGAAUAAAAAUAGAAUUCUUUAUCUUUGAUCUGCAUUUGAAAGCAUCACAUAUCAAAUUGAACGCAGAAUAAUGAUUCACGACUUGGAGUAGUUGGUAAAACUUAGCUGAGAAGAUUUCUCGAAACCUGUAUGCAAGUGGAAGCAAAUAUUUAAAAGGUUCUUCAUCUCUGGCCAAUGUUUCAAUAGGAUGUUGGUGAAACAUCAGCUCUUCUGACCAUGGAUUACCUGCGAUCAAUGAAAUCUAAACUGGUUAACAAUCUUGCGUCAACCGGUCUUAUUCAACACUCUGGAUAUGGAGAAGACAUCGAACUUUGCCCUAGGGAUCGAGUCGUUUCUCGCAAAUACACAAAUGAACUUACAUCACCUGACGAUACCCCGGAUGCAGAGACGCCGGACGAAUCUAUAUCCCAUCAUGCUAACGGACGAGCGUUAGGACCGAGUAAGAGUUCGGAUAACCAAGUCGAAAAGCCCUCCGAUGAGCAAGAGAAGGGAAAGAGCAGCGCUUUACAAGCUUGCUGGAAUGUCAGUAACUGUAUGCAAGGCAUUGGUAUCCUCAGCUUACCAUACACAGUCAAGCAAGGGGGCGUGGCAUCAUUGGUUGCCAUGGUAGUUAUACUCAUCCUUGGUCACUAUACCAGCAAGAUCCUAGUUUACUGUAAAUACGACGACGAUGAGGAUGAUGAAGAUAGCGACUCGAGGAUAAACGACACGCGUAGAAAUGCUCCGAUUGAAUCUGACCGUCCAGAGGUCGUGCGAGAGACAUACGCCGACAUCGCUGAUGCUUGCUUCAAACAUGGAGGCCACGUGAUCAAUGCUGUACAGAUCGUUGACAUUCUGACGGUGGCAGCGCUGUAUCUUCAGUUGUCGGGUGCCCUUCUGGUAGAUACCUUUCCGCAAGCUGGAUUAAACCGGUUUCUCUGGACAGCCAUAACCGUCGUCGUGCUUCUUCCAACGGUGCUCUUCAAGAAUCUUACAAGGAUAUCGUGGUUGAGCCUGGUGGCUUUAAUCGCUCUUGCCGUGAUGUUAUCAAGUGUAGUGUGGUACAGCUUCGGUCGUAGCAUCCACUGGAAGAUGGAGAGCAUCCCGCCGUUUUCCAUCGAGCCCUUCGCCAUCAGCGCCGCCAUGAUAUCUCUCAAUUUUGGGGCGCAGUUCUUGAUGCCGGGAGUGGAAGGCAGUAUGCGUGAACCUUCCAAAUUCAACACGAUGCUCAACUACUCCUACAUAGUUACAGGGUUUCUCAACGUUGGCUUCUCCCUCUUCGCCUUCUUGACCUUUGUGGAAGACACGCAGGAGUUCAUCACUUACAACAUGCCUCGAGGACCACUCCAAGCUACCGUCAGUUGUCUUUUCGUCAUCAAAUCCUUACUUACUUACCCGCUUAUGAUUUUUGUCAUCGUGAGUACCGUCGACUCAAUGAAGUUGUCGUUCCUGCCGCGUUGUUAUCCAGAACAAGAUGAGCGUUGUCCACCUAUUUGGGCCAUCAUUUUUAGGGUUAUCCUAGUAGGCAUGUCUUUCCUGAUGGCAGUAGCAAUUCCGCACUUCUCGUUGCUGAUGGGUGUUUCUGGGAGUCUCACCGUACCUUGGCUGGACUAUAUAUUCCCUUGUCUGUUUUAUUUAAAGCUGAGAAAGGCCAAUAUAGGAAUGCUGGAGAAAGCAUAUCUUUGGUUCAUCAUCUUGCUAGGUGGAAUAGCAGGUGCCGUAGGACUUUUCUAUUCGUGUAGAGCUAUGGUUAGGGCAAUGUCAGGAGAAAUUAAUGAUGGUUGGUAG